GCAGCAGCAGCAGCAGCGGCCCUUCCUCAGUCACACGGUCCAGACGUCUGUGUUCCACUUCUCUCCGAGGGGCCACGGCGUUAACUACCUUACCUCCUCUUCUCAUUCUCCACGUUUCUCUCUGUAUUCUACCCUGAGUGUUUUGUUUUUUAUCUUUUUUCCAUAUUCCGAGUCCUCUCCAUUACGGUGGAUUCAUGCUGAGCUCUCGCCCUCCUCGGUCGCCAUGCAAACUAACCACCAUAAGGAGCACCUCUACAAGAUUCUCGUUAUAGGAGACCUCGGGGUCGGGAAAACCAGCAUCAUCAAGCGGUAUGUUCAUCACAACUUCAGCCCCAACUACCGUGCCACCAUCGGAGUGGACUUCGCCCUCAAAGUCCUUACCUGGGACCAGGAGACGGUGCGACUGCAGUUGUGGGACAUUGCAGGUCAGGAGAGGUUUGGUAACAUGACCCGUGUGUAUUACCGUGAAGCUAUGGGCGCCUUCAUCGUCUUUGAUGUGACUCGGCCGGCCUCCUUUGAGGCCGUCACCAAAUGGAAGGAGGACUUGGAUUCCAAGCUCACACUAGCCAAUGGGAAAAAUGUAGCCACUGUGCUUCUGGCUAACAAAUGUGACCAGGGUCGGGAAGUACUGACCAAUAAUGGAAUAAAGAUGGACCAGUUCUGCCAGGAAAAUGGCUUCGUUGGAUGGUUUGAGACCUCUGCUAAGGAGAAUAUCAACAUCGAUGAGGCAGCAAACUGCUUGGUGAAACACAUCAUCGCAAACGAAAAUGACAUGCUGCAAUCAGAAGUUCCCGACACAAUCACCCCUCAGUUAGAGAAGGAUAAAGGCGGGACUUGCUCCUCCUGCUUUCGAUCUCAGUGGAGGAUACUGGUGCCAACUCUUUUCUUGUCUGGAUUCCUGUGGGAGUGUGGCGGGGUGACAGAGAGCCAGUUGGCUCCUGAACUGGAUUGACUGAAAAAGACAGAUAGCUGCAGCUGUGUCUACUUGUCAGAGGCAGGGUCACCCCCUGAAUGUCUUCAAGCGUUGGCACAAACUCUGGUUAUCAUGGUGACACAUUUAACAAGCAGAUGCCCAGUGAGGUUUCAGCAAAUCACAGGAUAUUUGUUCUAAAGAUCUGUGGAGCCAAUCAUUUCACACAGACCGUGGUGACUCUCUUCUGUUCUCCCUCCCUACACCCACGUUUUCUCUUCAUCUAUUUUUUCUAUCCAUUAAAAUGUGCGACAAUAAUACAAUUUUCACCAUCUAGCAAAAGAGAAAAUACAAAGUACAUAAAAGCCAGCGUCCUUACACAGUAAUCUUUUCAUUUGGUUUAUAUCUUUUUUUAUGUUCCAGCAGAAAUGGUGGCACCAGGAAUGCCUUGUAUAGCAUAUUAAAUGAAUGUAACUAAAAUGCCAUUUCUAACACAUCUAUUUAAUGUUUUCAACAGAUAGUCUUCACUUUUUAUUUAUAAGUGCACUGAAGUUGCACUUUUUAUUUUGUUUUUCUCAUUGAGAUAUACUUUCAAGCAUUAUUAUAAGGAAAUAUGUAAAGUUCUGUGUAAUAAAGAGAUCUGUGGUACAUCAAAAACUAUUAUCUGUAUUUAAUUUGAUGGUUUUACAUAAAAUGCCUUUCACAUUGUGAAAUGGUUGUAACUUUCUGAUGCAAAUACUUAUGCAUAUUGUAUAUACAACAAGGUAAGACAGAUGGUAGAACUGAAGAUGUAUUUGCAGUUACCAAACUGGUCACACGAAAUAAAA